AUGCCGCAUGCAGCCUGGAGCGAAGACAGAGGCAGAGUCACAGACGCGGACACGCCCACGCCAUCCAGAGGACAGAGAGGGCCCGCGACAAACAGGCGGCGAGCAAGGGAAGGCGAGGCUCGGGCGGUUGUGGGAGAGCAGGAAGAAGCCGCGAACGGCAAGUAUCAAGUAUGCGGCGACGGAAGGAGAAGGAGCGGGUGUGCUGCUGUUUCUGUUCUUUCUUCUUUUCCCCGCCAACAGCAACACGAUGGACGACAGCAGCACGGUCGAUUUGCGAAAAUGAAGAAAAGUAAGCGACAAGCGCACUCGUUAUAUCGCCUGCAUGGCCUGUUGCGCCAAAGCGAAGAUCCAACAAAGGGCCAAACAAGGGAGAAAGCGACGGAGCCUGCCCUGCCGUCUACGAACCACGGCGUUCAGAGUCUCUCUUCUUCACGCUGGGCUGCUGUUAUUGGGCCGUCCUCUUCGCCUGUCUUUUUCUUCGGGCGAGAAAAUUCGCGCAACGCAGACCUGGAUGUUUUCUUUUGGCUGCUCGUGCUCUUACUGGAACUACGCCUGGGUUUGGGGGUACCUUAG